GUAUUUUUCUCACUUCUACGUCGUCUCCGUAUUAUGGAAUGGCUUCCUGCUCUGGUUCCUUUCUCAGUCUCUCUUCCUGGGAGCACCUUUCCCAAAAUGGCUUCGUGCUUUGCUCAGAACUCUUGGAGCCACACAGUUCCCAGCACUGGAGAUGGAGCCCAAGGCCUCCCAAAUGAUAGUGGGUGAGCUGACUCUGUCUGCCUUCUUGGUGCUGGUGUUCCUUUGGGUCCACAGCCUGCGGAGGCUCUUCGAGUGUUUCUACAUCAGCGUGUUCUCUAACUCAGUGAUUCACAUCGUGCAGUACUGUUUUGGACUUGUCUACUAUGUCCUCGUUGGCCUAACUGUACUGAGCCAAGUGCCCAUGGAUGACAAGAAUGUUUACGUGCUGGGGAAGAAUCUGCUGCUACCAGCUCGGUGGUUCCACGUCCUCGGAACGAUGAUGUAUCUCUGGUCAUCUGCCCAUCAGUAUGAGUGCCAUGUCAUUCUCAGCAACCUCAGGAGAAACAAAAAAGGUGUGAUAGUUCACUGCCAGCACAAGAUCCCCUUUGGAGACUGGUUCGAAUAUGUGUCUUCGGCUAACUACCUAGCAGAGCUGAUGAUCUACAUCUCCAUGGCUGUCACCUUUGGGUUCCACAACUUAACUUGGUGGCUGGUGGUGACGUAUGUCUUCUUCAGCCAAGCCUUGUCUGCCUUCUUCAACCACAAAUUCUACAAGAGCACGUUUGUCUCCUACCCAAAGCAUAGGAAAGCGUUCCUCCCAUUUUUGUUUUAAGGCAGCCUUUAUGGGAGGCACUCGAGCCAGGUGACAGAUUCCAUCCCUGGAGACACCGAGACAGCACGCAAGUACACAUGCAGUGGGAAUGUUUGACAUUUCCCUUCCACUGCAGUGCUGCAGUGUUCACUGGGCAAGGCAAAUGUUCCUGGAGAAGACAUUCCUGGCAGACCUGGGCCUGAGGGGCCUGCUUUCUGCCAAGCUUUACAGAGACAACUGAAAACCAGUAAAUGGGCAUCUCCAAGCUGAUUUGUAAUCACACUAAGCGGGAGUAUAAACAGCCUUGCAAGCGUGCAUGCCUGCUUGAGUCAGUCAUGCUGUGCCCCCCCAACUCCCUCUCUCUCACACAAGAAGAAAAAUGAUUCUCUGUGGCUGGGAACAGUGAACUGGACUGAGUGCUGUGGGAUAGCACAGUUUUUAAAUAAAUGUUACAUGUCAAUAAAAACAGAAACCUUGGAAAUAACAGGAAUGUAUAAUCAAAUGUACAAUAUUACACCAGUGGUUCCAGGGAGAAAGGAGUUUGUUGGAGUUAAUUAAUAUUCCAAAUUUUUAUCACUAAUAUCUUCAGUUACAUAACCAGUGUCUUGCCUGCCCUGAAAACUAGCCUAACAAUACAUUUGGGAGCCAUUUUUUUUUUUUGAGUUCUCUUUUUGACAUUUGUGUACUGAAAAAAAUCAGGAAAUAAAAUAUUUUUAUACUUACCCAUACAGAUAUUCCCUGGACUGCAUAGUACUGAAAGGCGCAGCCUCGCUCUGUCAUUACUCAGUGUUCACAUAUGCCUGGGUCUGCUUCAACUAGUAGAACAAAACCAAAAUAUGCUAGAAGUAACCUUAUACCUUAUUCAACUAGCUUAUGUUAAAGGAAAUAUCCAGUUAGGGUCAAAGGGAAGUAGAGGCAUGGGAUCACAAGAGACGUAAGUGUGACAAAGAAUGCCAUUGCCCUCCAACAGGAAAACCUCCACAUCCCUAUGGUGGAACAUACUCUGGGCUGGGAUGUAGUCAGGUAGUUGAGUGCUUGCCUAGAGUAUAUGAAGCCCUGCAUUCAGCUCCCAGCGCUGAGAGAAAAAGUUGGGCAUACUGUUUACCAGCUGAGGUACAUUUUUUGGUUGGGUUUUUUUUGUUUGUUUUGUUUUCUGAGUCAGGGUCUCAUGCAGCCCAGGCUGCCUUGAAGUUGUUAUGUACCAGAGAAUGAUCUUGCACUUCUGACUCUCCUGACUCAAUCUCCAAGUGCUGGAAUUGUAGGCAUGUGCAGUCCAGUGCUAUGGAUCGAACCCAGAGCUUCAUGCAUCCUGCGCACUCGGUCUUCAGCCCCAACUUACUCAGUCAGUGCAGAUGUCAUAUACUCUACUGAGAAAGACAUCCCUGGAGUCGUAAACAGACUAAUGUAUUUUUAAAACUUAACUUAUGUACUUGUCAUGCAGUGAUGGGGAUUGAGCCCAAGCCCUCACAAAUGCUUGUCACACCUGCUUAUCACUGAGCUACACCCUAACUCUUUCAGUCUAGUUUCAAACACGUUAUUGUAUGACACUGCACCCAGGGAGAAGCGUUUUGUUGCUUGGGGGUUUUUGUUUGUUUGUUUUGGUACAGGAUCUUUCUGUGUAACAGUGCUAGCUGUCUUGGAACUUGCUAUGUAUGUAGACCAGUCUGUCCUCAAACUCACAAAGAUCCACCCAUCUGUACCUCCCAAAUGCUGGGAUUAGAGGCACGUGCCACCGCACCUACCUCUGGAUAGACACCAAAAUCCGACUUGAUGAGCUAAUCAAUUUUGUUGGCUAACUUACAGGAGCAUGAGUUAGGGGUUACUUACAGGAACAGACUUAAAGACAGCUGCAUCACCAGAGCCCACCCCAGCAUGAGUGACAGCUCACAAAGCUGGGAAAACUGAAGGACACUGCACAGGCUGCAGGCAGCUCAGCAGGUUGGACAGUGUCCUCUCUUGGCAGUUUAGCUGGUUUCUGCUCUCUCCAGUGAGCUUACCUUGUCAGAGUGUUUCUAAGCAGCCCUUACAUGUUAUAUAUUCCUGAGGCGGAGGGACCUACUGAAUCUGCUCAGUUCCAAGGACUUACUGAAGCCAUUGAGGAAUUUCUUUCCUGAGUUUAAUGAACUUCCCUGCAGGAUGGAAUGUUCCAGCUCUCCACAGACCAUCCGGCUGUUUCACUUCCCCUUUAAUAUCUUGUGUUAACGACCUUCCCUUAAAACAGAAGGUUUAACUCUCAGGUUCCACUGCUGUCUAGCACUCAUGCUAAUCUAAACCCACCCUGAAGCUCCCAUGUGAAUCCCAAAGCUGUUUUCUCGACCAUCAAUCAACUCACCAUAUACUCAAGAUUAAUUAUUUGUUCUGUCUGUUCAAAUAAAUGAAGUUUAUCAUUUAUCAUUUAGAAUUUGCUAUCUUUGGGACCAGGGCUCAGGAACAAAACUCUUCCAACAUAGGAGAUGUAUGUAAAUCAUAUGGCAGCUUGUUUUUAAUGCCCACAUGAAUGAUAUGCAUGAUUUUAAAUAAAUAGUUUAAAGGAAA